AUGGAAAAUGAUAGCAUAUUCAAAACUAUGGCAUCGUGUUUUGCCUUGCUACUUUUGUAUGUGAUGAUUAGAUUUGUGAAUAUCAUAUGGUGGAGACCCAGAAAUACUGAGAAAAUAUUGAGUAAGCAAGGGAUUAGAGGAUCUUCAUACAAGCUUUUUACUGGAGACACUUCAGACAUGAAAGACUCUGUCCAAAAGGCAUUAUCAAAAGCCACCUCCCUCAACCAUCAAAUCAUCCCUCGAGUCAUCCCUUUCCUGCACAAAAUGGUUCAGCAACAUGGAAAUAUUUCAUUGUGUUGGUUUGGAAGAAGACCAAGACUCAUAAUAGCAGAUGCAGAGCUUACACGAUUGGUUUUAACAAAUAAGAAUGGGCACUUUGUGAAACCACCACGAAACCCCCUCAUCAAACUUCUAUCUUUAGGAUUGUCUUCAUUGGAAGGCGAAACUUGGACCAAACGCAGAAGAGUAGUAACAUCAGCUUUCCACCUUGAGAAGUUGAAGGCAAUGGUGCCAGCAUUUUCAAGCAGCUGUUACAACAUGAUCGAGCGAUGGGAAAAAUCAGUAGAAACUGAAGGAUGGUGUGAAUUGGAUGUUUGUUCAGAAUUCAACAUUCUUACUGGUGAUGUAAUAGCUCGAACUGCCUUUGGAAGUAGCUACCAAGAAGGAAAGAAAAUUUUUGAACUGCAAAAGGAACAAGCUAUCUUGGUCAACGAAGCCUUAAACAGCCUCUAUAUCCCAGGUUUCAGAUUCUUACCAACAACAAAGAACAAGCGUAGGUACAACCUAGAUAUCCAAAUCAAAACUAUAUUGCGAGACAUUAUUCAGAAGAAAGAGCGAGCAAUGAAAGAAGGUGAAGUAAAAGAACAUGAUUUACUAAGCAUACUACUACAGUGUAGAGAACAGAGUAAUUCUUUAACAACAGAUGAUGUGAUUGAGGAAUGCAAGUUGUUUUACUUUGCUGGCCAAGUGACCACAGCCAACCUACUUGCAUGGACUAUGAUUGUUUUAUCUAUGCAUCUUGAUUGGCAAGAAAAGGCAAGAACAGAGGUGUUGGAGAUUUUUGACAAAACAACACUUGAUUAUGAAGGCAUAAACCACCUCAAGAUAGUGUCAAUGAUAUUGUAUGAAGUUCUGAGAUUAUAUCCUCCCAUAACAGUGCUUAGCAAAUACAAUUGGUGUGAAACAAGGGUGGGAAACUUGUCCAUACCAGCAGGGGUUGAAUUUUGUUUACCUCUGUUACUUGUUCAUAAUGAUAGCAACUAUUGGGAUAAGCCAGAAGAGUUCAACCCAGAAAGAUUUAAUGAAGGGGUUUCAAAAGCUUCAAAGGAUCACAUUGCUUUCUAUCCUUUUGGUUGGGGCCCAAAAACUUGUCCUGGCCAAAACUUUGCCUUCUUAGAAGCAAAGAUGGCUCUGGCUUUGAUUCUUCAGCACUUCUCUUUCCAACUCUCACCCACUUAUUCUCAUGCUCCAACUACUUGUAUUACUCUUAAGCCACAACAUGGAGCUCCCAUUAUUAUUCGUCGCAUUAAGUCUUCUAAAUUAAGUUAG